ACGGUCACGCCAGGAGUACAUCACGCAGUGCUAAGACAUAUAAAAGGACUGCGUUCCCUGGUCUCAGCCACCUUUCAGCACCAUGAGGGCGACAGUGGCAGCUCUUCUCCUGUGCCUUGUGGUGACAGCAUGCAGGUGCCAGGAAACUCCACCUGGCCCUCCUGGACCAACUGAGGGGCCACAACCAACUGGACCACCAGGCCCACCAACCGGAGGUCCUGAUCCAACAGGUCAACCUACUGGAGGUCCUGAACCAACUGGCCCACCUGGCCCACCAACUGGAGGUCCUGAACCAACAGGUCAACCUACUGGAGGUCCUCAACCAACUGGAGGUCCUGAACCAACUGGAGGGCCACAACCAACUGGUGAGCCACAACCUACCGGAGGACCUCAACCUACUGGACAACCAGGGCCAAUUUCUGGGAGACCUGGCCGCAUUUGGUUUGGUAUCUUCUAAUGAAUCAGCACUAGAGUCUCACUGAAGCAUGACUACAGCUUUUCCUUCCUCUUGGCCACUAAAGUCUUUUUGAUUUAUUGAUAAGGAUUUUUAUUGUUACUGUUGAUACUUUAUGUCUCAUUAAAUUAAAAAUGAAAAACUCUU